GUGUGGGACCGCUGAGGAAGCGAAAAGAUAGCUGAGAUAGUAAAAUAUCCCUGAAAAUAAGACCGUCAGGAGAGGAAAGAAGGAGGCACUUGGGAAUACUGAAGGAACUUGUUGGUGAACGUGAGGGAGUGAAAGAAAAGCAUCCUUUUCGACCAUGGAUAUGAACUCUGUGGUUUCGGAAAUAAGACGGCCCAAGAAUCAGAAUGAUAGUCCUGGUCCCACCAGGCGUGCAUCUUCUAAAGCUCAAAAGAAAAAGACCCCUGCUAAACGUGCUACUGUUUAUUUCGAGGUGGAGAUCCUUGAUGCCAAGACGCGGGAGAAGCUCUGCUUCCUGGACAAGGUGGAGCCCAAUGCAACCGUCGCAGACAUAAAGAGCAUGUUCAACAAGGCCCAUCCUGAGUGGUAUCCUUCCCGGCAGUCACUGCGUCUGGAUCCAAAGGGAAGGUCGCUGAAAGACGAGGAUAUUCUGCAGAAUCUACCCGUGGGAACCACCGCUACACUGUACUUCAGAGACCUGGGAGCGCAGAUCAGCUGGGUCACGGUGUUCCUCACAGAGUAUGCCGGGCCAUUGGUCAUCUACUUACUUUUCUACUUCCGAGUCCCCUUUAUUUAUGGCCCCAAGUACGACUUCAUCACGAGCCGGCACUCCGUGGUACACCUGGCUUGUAUCUGUCAUUCGUUUCACUAUAUUAAGCGUCUCCUGGAAACUCUCUUUGUACAUCGCUUCUCUCAUGGCACGAUGCCGUUCCGAAAUAUUUUCAAGAACUGUAUGUAUUACUGGGGAUUUGCAGCCUGGAUGGCAUACUACAUCAACCACCCCCUGUAUACGCCCCCAGCAUUCGGAGAACAGCAGGUGAAGUUGGCAGUCGCCAUAUUUUUGUUCUGUCAGCUGGGCAAUUUCUCCAUACACAUUGCCUUGAGGAACCUGCGGCCAGCCGGCUCAAAGACCCGAAAGAUUCCUUUCCCUACUCGUAAUCCGUUCACAUGGCUCUUCCUACUGGUGUCCUGCCCCAACUACACUUAUGAGGUUGGCUCUUGGAUUGGGUUUGCCAUCAUGACCCAGUGUCUUCCUGUCGCUCUCUUCUCCCUGGUCGGGUUCAUCCAGAUGACAAUUUGGGCCAAAGGAAAACAUCGCAGUUACUUGAAAGAGUUUAAGGACUACCCACCUCUCCGCUCUCCCAUCGUCCCCUUCCUCCUGUGAUUUUAUGCCCUUAUAUCCCUGUUCUAGAACUCUAACUUCCCACCUAUGCACUGAAGGACCCCGCACUGAAGUCUCCUCAUGGGCCGUCCCUGGAAGAAUCAGUCUCAUCAUUUUUCUUUCUUUUUUUUUUUCUUUCCUUUUUUUUUAAUACUGUGAAGAGAUGGGAUGAAUUUUAUUAGUUGCAUUUGUCAGCACGUUUUUUUGGUACUCAUAAAUAUGUGGGAUAUGAUAAAGUAGAUCUGGAUAUUAUCAUUUGAUCAUUGU